GUCAAGAUUAAUGGGUUGAAAAUUCCAAAGUGCAUAAAAAAACAACACAUUGCACAGGCAUAUAGAAACUUGCAGAGGAAGGUGAACAACCCAAAGACUCGUUAAACCAAGUCUCUCCUUUAGAUUAACUCCUGCAUUAUAAAUUAAUCUACAUAUAUAAAUGAUAAGGAAGAGUCCUGGUUUAUGCUUUGGCUGAUCGGCAAACAAACCUUGGAUCCUCCAUGGUGCAAAGGACAGUGUUGAAGGUUGACGUUUCAUGCCAAAAAUGCAAGACGAAGCUUCUCAAAGCAGUCUCUGCUCUUCAAGGUGUGGAUAAGAUGGAAGUUGAUGAAGGAAAGGGGACAUUAACGGUAACAGGAAAUGCAGAUCCGUAUGAAAUCAUAGUCCGAACAAGAAAAGCAGGAAAAUAUGCAGACGUGGUGAGCAUCGGGGCUCCUCCUCCACCGCCUAAACAAGAGCCUCCUAAGAAACCAGGUCCAGAUGAGAAUAAGAAGAAGCAAGAGGAGAAGAAGACUACUGAACAGAAGGCCCAAAUCCAUGAUCCUCUCACUUGUCCCCAAUGUCAACGCAUUGUUUUUGUUCCAGUGGGUUAUGAGGAGCCCAGCCCCUCGUGCUCCAUCAUGUGAUCACCUAACCUAUAAAUAAUAAUUACAUGUAGAUGCACUGGUCGAGUAAUUUUUGAAGAUAUGUUCAGAAAAUUCGGAAGAUUUAUUUUGGUGAACCCUAUCAAGAUCUUCAUGAGAA